AUGGGAGGCAAACACUGGUCCCUCCAAGAGGAAGAGGUCUUCUGGACCUGCGUGGUGCCUCGGUCCUCCAAGCGGAUCGUUCGCGACCCAUGCGUUCCCGAGAUGAGCUGGGACAAGCUCGUCGGCGUCAUGGAAGCCGAGAUGGCCGCCAGAAACAUUCCUCCUCGGAGACAGUAUACUGGUCUCAGUCUCUUCGAGCACUUCUUUCUGAACAUCGACCAGCGCCACUUCUCCCCCAAUGCGCGUCGCUUUGCGCAACGCUAUCUGCGACAGCGUGAUGUUGCUGCACAGAAGGAGAAGAACAUGAACGAACAGAAAACCGGCCCCGAGGAUGCGGAUCCUGUUCUGGAGUCUGCCGCCGUCAGUGACAAGGAGCUUGCACUCGCCGUUGCACUCGCCGAAGAGGCGACGAUCAAUUCAUCCCAUCGCGUCGACCGAGUGACGCCAGCGCCAGGUCGUGAGGCGGCUUCUGCUGUCGCGCCCGAGACUCAGACUCCUGCUUCGAAGGUCAUCCGUACUUCGGCCCGCGACAAAGAGAACCGUUACCUCCCCUUCCAUCCGGUCAACCCUCGUGGCCGCGCUCCCGUGCAGAGACAGAGGGCCGACCUCGAGCCCUACCAGGAGUCAUCUCAACGACGGGACGAAAGGCACGGACUUGCUCACCCGCAUCUUGACCGAAACCAUGCACAUCGUGACAAUUUGCAAUACCUUGCCCGCCGUGUUAUCGACCUCGACCAUCCCUUUCACGCCCGCCGGGAGGACUGUGGCCCUUCAUCCUGCCAUGGCAUCAGCCCGAUGGACCACCGGAGAGUCGGUCCAGGCCAUGUUUCUUACGUCUCUCCAUAUCCCGCCCCCCGGCCAGAUGAGAGAUACGAAAUGAGUGGCGCUCUUCCCGCUCCUCCUACCCACGUGAACGAGCGUUGGCUUCCUCCCGUCAGCGAACUCCUCAGGAUCGCCUCCCGUGCUCCUCUUCCCCCUCCUCAUGAGAGAUCCCUGAGCCCAUCGCCGGAGACUCGACCCGUCGGUGGCCCAUCGCACCGGGGGUACCCGACGCAUCACCUCCCUCCACGGAGCGAGGAACAAAUGCCGACGUCUCGCCACGUGUACCCCAGGCCCGGGGUUGCUUAUUUCCCCCUUCAUGCCAGGGCGGUUGGCCCCGUCCAGUUCCCCGAGGAGCAGUACUACCAGGCGCGCCAGGACCAGCGGGAAGACAGUACGGCGACGACGACGACGACCUACAUGACGAGCGACGGGGGCAUGGAUGGUACGGACUAUGAUGGGUGCGAUGACGAGCAGUCUUCGGUUUCGGAUCCUUCUUCGUAUGCGACUCCCGCGACUCACCCAAAGGAUAUAUGCUGA